AUGGGGGGAGAGACCGAUGAUGGUAAAGUCACCGGAAGUUGUGAGAUUUAUGACCCGGAAACUAACCUCUGGUCCAAAUGCGGAUCUCUCUUGUCGCCUCGGUCUGGCUGCGCAUGCGCAAACAACGGCAAAGAAUUAAUUUGUGCAGGAGGAUACAACGGAGGGAAAGCUCAUAACAACCUUUGGCUGUAUGACAAACACAAAUGGCAGGAAAUCGGCAAAAAUAACCCACACGGUUUUCCAUACAAUCUUCACAGAUGUGCGCUGACAAGGGCGAAAAACACUUUGUAUUUUAUAGGAGGGGUAUCGUCCAAAGACCACCACCCCACCAAGCGAAGACCGUCCUCACCCCUAACCGUGACACAGUCUGAGAAAAGAAUGUUCUCCUAUACAACUGCUCCAGCGGGCGCUACGGUCAAAGGGCGGCAACCCAGUGUAUCUACGUUAAAUACACAGUUACCGCCCAUGAGACACGCAAGACAAUAUGCAGGGGCGGUUAAUGUGGGUGACAAGAUCCAUGUGAUCGGGGGGUCAAAUGUCGAGACAGGUGACCCGGUUCUAAUGACAGAACACUUUGACCUGGUCAAGGGCAUAUGGCAGGAUGAUUUCCUCUUCAAGAAAUGUGACGUGUCCAACGUGAGCUGUGUGCUGGUGGACGUGCCUAAAGUCCCCAUGGAGGAGCGGAGGAUAGUCCAGAAGCUUCGAUGGGUCAUGUGGUGA